AUGACAGAUUCAGAGACUCACAAUACUGUUAACGAACACUUUUUUUUAGUAGGACAAGAGAGGUUGGACUUUUUAUCAGGUGAUUUAGAUAUGGAUAUUCCUCAAAUUGAUAAACUAAAGCACAUUCUAUUUCCUCUAUCAAAGGAGCAGCUUGUGGAUAUUUUAGCAAGAUGUGCUUUUGCUUUUGAUGAAGUUAGGAAGGCUUGUGUAGCAAUAUUUGAAAAGAGUCCAGUUAGUAGAAGAGUGAUGGUAAGGAAUAUAUCUUUUAAUACUAGUGACAAGGCAUUUGUAGAUUUAUUCUGUACAUUCGGAGAGAUAGAUGAUGCUAUUAUUGUACGUGAUAAGAGUGGUAAAUCUAGAGGUUAUGGAUUUGUUACUUUUAAGUCCACAGAAUCUAUACAUAAACUUUUUGACUCUAGUCUCUGUUUAGAUGGAAGACAGCUAUUACUUAAACUUGCAGCAGAUCCUUAUGCUGAAUUUACAUGUGGAAGAUCGCAAUCACCAAAAGAUUUAUAUGAGAGAAACGAUAUAAAUGAUUCCAAUACAUCAUUUAAAGUGAUCUCAAAACGGAAAUUAUUUGUAAGAAAUCUUUCAGAUACUACAACAGCUGAGAAAUUAAAAGAGGUAUUCAGUCAGUUUGGUAAUGUAGAGGAUUGUGUAAUUUUGACAGAUUCCAAUACAGGAUUAUCAAAAAGAUGUGGAUUUGUAACAUUUAAAAAUAUAUCUGGGGUUAUGAAAGCAUUAAAACAGCAACAACAGAUAAUUAAUGGAAAGGUAGCAUUUAUAUCAUUAGCUUUUCCACAGAAGCUUUCAAAUAAUCAUUCAGUAACUAUUAAUAGCAGAACUCCUGUUCCAAAUACUUUAUCUAAUUUAAGUUUUCCAGUUCCAUUAAAUUAUUUAACUUCUCAUCCAGGACUUGGUAACUUGGCAACAUUAUCCACAGAACAUAUUCCUAAUCCAAUAUCUUCUAAUAUAAAUACUAGAUACCAUAAUAAUGUCGAGAAUGUUAAUGCAUCAAGGAUACAUUAUUUAGAUAGAUCAACGAACCAGCUUCACUAUAACCAUUUAGGGAAUGCAUCUUCAAUAAUACCUCAAACUAAUACAACCUUAAUACCUUCUUAUCUAACUCCAUAUCCUUAUGGAAUUCUAUAUUCCACUAUUUCUGCACCUAUAUCAGUUACUUCCGAUGGUAAUCCAACAGGAAUUAUUGAAUACUAUAAGAUCUAG